AUGGAGGCGCGUCUACUGUCUCUGCCAUGCCAGCAAGCGGACGAUUCUCUUCGCGUCCCUGUGCUUGGCUGUCGGGGGAAUUUUGAUUUUCCUUUGCUCUUCGAGGAGGUCAUCUUAGGAGUGCUUCCUCUGGGCAUGCUGUUGAUAGUAGCCCCAUUUCGCCUGUGGUUUUUAUCUCGGAAGCCGCGCAAAGUAACGGGCUCGUGGGCUCUAUGGAUCAAAACUAUCACAUGGGUUAUCCUAGGGGCAAUUUAUUUUGCGCUUGUUGCACUAUGGUCUCUCUCUUCGGCGGUACGGACGCGCGCCUCCAUUGCGACGAAUACCGUGACCGCGGUGGGGGUGAUCUUCUUGGGCAUCCUCUCCUACUCCGAACACAAUCGCUCCGCUAGACCCUCUUUUCUUCUCAACGUCUAUCUUUUCACCACGCUUCUAUUUGAUAUCGCGAAGACACGAACAUUAUGGCUUCGAAGUAUCGGGGGAUCCGGAAGAACGAUCGCUAUAGUUACUUCUCUGGCUACUGGGGUCAAACUUCUUCUCCUGCUCCUUGAGGCACUGGAGAAACGACGCCUUCUCAAGGAGGACUACAGAGACUAUCCACCAGAAGCCACUGCUGGCUUCUUGAAUCGCGCUUUCUUCCUGUGGUUGAAUCCUUUAUUCAGGCAGGGCUUUUUCAAGCAGCUCGCCGUGGAAGAUCUUUUUGCCCUCGAUAAAACUCUGGGCUCGCAAAGACUCCAGAAUGCCCUGGAAGUCAAUUGGAACCAAGUGGAAAACCCAGGGGACAAUGCAUUCCUUUUCACAAUCUUCAGAACAUUCUCGUGGCAACUGCUCGCAGCCAUAGUUCCACGAGCUUGUCUCGUCGCGCUAAACGUUUGUCAACCUCUACUGUUGCACCGAUCGCUCUCCUUCACCGCAGAACCAGAUACGAGUAAAACUACCAAUGCCGGAUACGGGUUGAUUGGUGCCUACAUCCUCGUGUACACGGGAAUGGCGGUAUCCAUGGGACAAUACCAACAUCUGACGUACCGUGUCAUUACAAUGGUGAGAGGAGGGGUUGUCUCCAUGGUCUAUAAGAAAGCAGGUACUCUGAGCGUGAAGGAUGCCGAUCCGGCGGCAUCUCUCACGUUGAUGAGUGCGGACAUCGAGAGAAUCGUGCAGGGCUGGCAAACAAUACACGAUAUCUGGGGGAAUACUCUAGAGAUAGCUUUGGCAAUCUUUCUCCUUGAGCGGGAGUUAGGAGUUUCCUGCGUUGUGCCGGUCGCGGUCUCACUUGUGGCGCUCGUCGGAUCUUUAAUCUCACUUUCGCUUGUUGUCUCGAGGCAAGCCAUGUGGCUUGAGGCUAUCGAGAGACGUAUCUCCUCAACAGGGUCGAUGCUUGCUUCGAUGAAAGGAAUAAAGCUACUUGGACUCAGCCACUUCUUCAUGACUCAUGUUCAUGGCUUGCGUCUGGAGGAGCUAAAAAUAUCCAAAAGUUUCCGACGAAUCUUAGUCUUGAAUCUGGGAUUUGCUUGGAUGACACGCAUCUUUGGGCCGAUCUUUACAUUUGGCGCGUUUGUCGGCAUAUCGCAUAGCAGGGGGAAUGAUGCAGCUCUCAGCACUUCGAAUGCAUACACUUCCCUAUCGCUUUUCGCUCUCCUCUCAGAUCCGCUAUUAUCUCUUGUAAUGGCGCUGAUGACAUUCGUCGGCUCGGUCGGGUCUUUCAGGAGAAUUCAAGAAUUCCUUCAAAUGAAAAGCCAUGUGGAUUCCAGAUGCGGACUAACGCCACAGCCGGUCGACGUUCUUCAUGAGUCGAAAGGUUUAGGGCUGGUUGGGUAUUCAGAAUGUUCCACAAAUGGGUCGAGCUCAUCACAGUCUCUCAAGGGCGUGUCUGUGGCGUUGCGACAUGAGAUGAUCACAAUUCAGAGAGCAAGCUUUGGAUGGGAGAUGGAGAAAGAUCCUCUCCUCAAGGAUUUAACUAUCACCAUUCCUCGGGAAUCAUUUUCUGUCAUUGUUGGGCCAUCUGGCUGUGGAAAAUCAACGCUGCUCAAAGCUAUCCUUGGAGAGACUCCAUGUCUCAGCGGAAGCCUUGCCCUAUCGUCCCAGAGUGUCGCAUAUUGUGAUCAGGUCCCCUGGCACAUGAACGCGACUAUCAAGGACAGCAUUGUAGCAAUGUCAUGCUAUGAUGAAAAGUGGUACAAAUCCGUGAUAGCUGCAUGCGCCCUCGUCGAAGAUUUCCGGCAGCUCCCACGAGGAGAUCAGACAGUGAUUGGUAGCAAAGGUGUCGCCCUGAGUGGUGGGCAAAGUCAGCGCAUUGCACUCGCAAGAGCAGUCUACGCCAGGAAAGAUAUUGUUAUUCUUGAUGACGUUCUAAGCAGCUUGGACGCAGCAACUGAGAAUCACAUCUUCCACGAGCUAAUUGGUACUCAUGGCUUGCUCCGCUCGAUCGGCUCCACGGUUAUAUUUGCUUCUUCCUCUGUAAAACGGAUUCCUUACGCUGACCACAUCGUGGUGCUUGAUCUUGAAGGCCGAAUCACAGAGCAAGGAAGCUUCAAAGCACUUGACUCCGCCGGAGGAUACGUCUCCAGCUUUGCAUUAGGGGCACCUGACUGGGAUUUCAAGGCAAAAAGCCUCCCCGAACCGGAAAUCUCAAAGGCACCAGUUUAUCCGAACGACAAAGACAUGGAAUUUGUCAUCGAUAAAUUCGGAAGCGGGGGUGAUGUUUCAAUCUACCUCUAUUAUGUUCGCUCUAUCGGCUGGCUACCGACGACGGUUUUCAUUGUAGCCAUGACGGGAUUCGUGUUUUGUAUAUCCUUCCCAAGCAUUUGGGUAAAAUGGUGGGCUCGGUCGAAUGAGACACAUCCCGGCGCGCAAACAGGAUACUACAUUGGAAUAUAUGCAAUGCUCUGUGCCGUCGGCAUGAUAUCUCUCAUAGUCGGUUGUCGGCAGAUGAUUAUCAACAUGGUACCAAAGUCAGGCGAAAAGUUUCACAGUCAGCUCUUGAGUAAAGUGCUCAGCGCGCCUAUGCUAUUCUUUUCAAGUACGGACACCGGAGCUAUUCUCAACAGAUUUAGCCAGGACCUCCAACUUAUAGAUAUGGAGCUUCCGGUUGCCGCCAUAAACACAUUCGUUACUUUUGUCCUUUGCCUGUGUCAGAUGGUUUUCAUGGGAAUUGCCUCUAAAUAUGCGGCCAUUUCAUUCCCGCUGGUCAUUUUCACAAUCUACAGCAUACAGAAAGUUUACCUUCGCACCUCGCGGCAGUUGCGAUUCUUGGAUCUCGAGGCAAAGGCGCCUCUCUACGCUCACUUCACCGAUUGUCUUGGGGGUCUAACCACUGUGAGGGCUUUUGGAUGGCAACAAGCAUUGCAAGAUAAGAACCAUCGGCUGCUUGACUACUCUCAGAGGCCCUUCUAUUUCCUCUAUGCCAUCCAAAGGUGGCUUACAUUGACGCUAGAUAUGGUCGUUGCUGGGAUUGCGGUUAUCCUGAUUGUUCUAGUCGUGACACUAAGAGGAUCAAUUGGUGCAGGCUAUGUUGGAGUCGCUCUGCUCAACGUCAUCCUGUUCAGCCAAAGCAUCAAAUUACUGGUCACAUUCUGGACAAAUCUUGAAACUCACAUUGGCUCAAUACUGCGCGUGAAGUCAUUCAGUGAAAAUGUGGCUUCGGAGGAUCAGCCCGAUGAGAAAGGGGAUGUACCACCAGAAUGGCCUUCGGGAGGUGAAAUUGCAUUCGAGAAUGUUUCCGCAGAGUAUAGGGUUUCCGAGCCAGUGCUCAACAACAUUUCAUUUGCCAUACAGGCAGGAGAAAAAGCUGCAAUUUGCGGGCGAACUGGCAGUGGCAAAACUUCCCUCAUAAUGAGCAUCUUCCGCAUGGUUGAUCUCACGUCUGGGAGUAUUCUGAUUGACGGGAUCGACAUAUCUCAGAUACCCCGUCAAGAGAUACGCUCACGCAUAAACGGCGUCUCCCAAAGCCCAUUGUUGAUCCAAGGGAGUGUCAGGGAGAACAUCGAUCCAACUGGUCAUUGUUCUGAUGAUGACAUAAUGGCAGCUCUCAAGACCGUCCAGCUCUCUACAAAGAUUCAAGAAAAAGGAGGUCUUGAUACGGACAUUGAUGAGCUCUUCCUAUCCCAAGGACAGAAGCAGCUCUUCUGCCUGGCUCGGGCAAUUUUGCGCUCAGGCAACAUUCUUGUUCUCGAUGAGGCUACCAGCAGUGUCGAUACUCGAACCGACGAGAUAAUGCAACGAAUCAUCCGAGAAAAGUUCGCCAAUCACACCAUCAUCACAGUCGCCCAUAAGCUUGAGACUAUUCUCGACUAUGACAGAGUCCUCGUGCUUGAUUCUGGCCGUAUAAUCGAAUCAGGAAACCCUUACAAUCUCCUUGCUUCAGACUCUCAAUUCAGCAGUCUGUAUGCGAAAUCAGUGCUGGAAGAGUCGGAGUAG